AUGGCGGCAUCAGGAGACGAUUUAGAGGAUGAAGAAUACGAAGCCCUGGCUUAUCAACAGGUCGGAUUUUUCCGAUGUAGUCACUUUUCAAUAGUUUUAUAUUUAUUCUGAUCGUAAAAUUUAUUUCACAGCGUUUAAAAGCUGCCCUGCACUACACCGUAGGCCGUAUUUGUGAAAAAGCAGGUACGUUUCAUUUCGAUCGAUCGAGCGAGCAGGGUCGCAAUAAUUCAUCGUGCACUCUGGAGUGCGCGAUGAAUUAUUGCGACCCUGUUCGCUCGAUGACGAUAUUUGAUCUGAUGUUGCUUGUGAAAAUCCAUCCUUUAUUCGAUAUUUGAGUUUUUUUUCCACCACAGUAUCACAUAUUUGAUCAGCCAGUGUAUUAAUUUGCCAGUUCUACCUGUGUUUAGAACAAAUUUGUAAGUCUGUUCUUGUGUGCAGCCGUAUGUUACAUUUUUGACUCUGAUGUAGGUGAGGAGUCAGGGUUACAAUAUUCCAGAAGAUUCAUUGCUGCCCUAACAGAGACGACUUUCAAGCAAUGUGGUACGCCUAUUGAAUAUAGUAGAUGUGCAACAUCAAGGGUUGUAGCUAAAGGGGUUAAGGAGUGUAUGCGAACCCCCCAAGAAAUAAUUGGCAAAAAAGAAAUUCCGACUCGGUAUACUUCUCCUUUCUCAUGAGGGACUACUUAUUAUUUAGUACCUGGAAGGGUGUAGGGUUUUAAGGGGGGAUCAUAUGGUUUUCAUGGGGAAACGAAAGGAAUCAGUCGUCCCCAACAGAGUACGAAGAAUAUUGACUACUGCUAAUGAAUGGGGAUCAUAAGAAUAUUACAACGCAUGAUAGGUUAAUCAGGUAAUUUUUGUUGUGACAUAACCAAAAUCCUCCAACACCCUCCCCUAAAUAAUGAUAAAUUCGGGGAUAAAUAAUGACUGGUCCACAAGUUGCUCUUAUAGCCCCUUCCCUUCUUCUCCUCCCCCCAUCCCCCGGCUCCCACCACCACAGGCAGAUGAAAAAGAAAAAUACCCAUUAACUAGGCGUUCUGUAUUUUGAACAAUUGCUCAUUACUAUGUAGCUUAUUGAAGGAAAAUAUUUUCAUUUCAGAAUCUUUUGCAACAGAUCUUGAACUAUUUGCAAAGUAAGUUGGUUGUCAUUCUUUCAUUUUUUCUGGUAUGAUUCUUGGUUGGUUCAAAUAAGCACUAAUCUACUGAUACAGAGUUACCCACCUCAGGGGAAAUCUGGAAGUGGAAAUUUCAACUUUUUCAUCCCCAGUUACUAAAUUUCACCAAUCAAUAUACCCCUCUAAAAAUACUUUUGAUUGCAUUGACCACACCCUUUCAUGAGACAUAAAUGGUUAUACGAUUGGGGUGUUGCAUGUAAGUAAACAGUUACAGCAUCAAGAAGAAGGGCUAUUUUGUUUCUUCAAGGAAAAAUGUACAAGAUGCAAGAAAAUCAGGUAAGCAGAAAAGGCCAAAUGAUUUUGGGUCAUGUGAUAAUUUAUGUAUUUUUAAGGAACUGUUAUGUUCCUAAGUAUAAACUUUUAUCUAGGGGAUUUGCUGACUGGUAAUUAUAAGACAGAAUGAAUUGCUCUUUGUUAUGGAGAGUUGGUAUAUAUGCUGAUAACCAUACUUGAUCAAUGAAACAAUCUAUAUUUUGCUUUUAGACAUGGAAAAAGAAGCCAAAUAAACUCUGAUGACGUGCAGCUGCUUGCCAGAAAAAGUUCUACUUUGGUAUGUACAAGAUCACAGUUUGAGUAGCCAAUCAGAGCCCACCUUCAAAUUUAUCCUCUGUUGUAGUAUACUAAAUACUCAUUUAAAAUAUUCAAAUACAGAUAAGAAAGUACUGGUCUAUUACACUUGUGGGAGUUUAAGGAUUAACCUUUCAUUGUAAUUAUUUUUUCCCUUACUCAAUUCACAUGUUCCAGGCUGCACAUAUGGAAGGGAUGAGCAAAGAACUGGCAGAAGCACAUGAAGCUAAUAAGGCUUAUAAGAAAACUAGAAAAGUAAAGAAGACUAAACCAGCCCAGGAGUGCAAUGAAGCUCUUGAAAUUGAAGAUAAUCAAUGAUAUAGUAUGGGAAUAUCUUUGAAGAAGACUUUGGAGUCAUGCUGUAAAGAAUUUGAACAGCUGCUUAUAAAUAUACUAAAUGAAGACUUUGAACAAAGAGCCAAGAGAGUUUUAAAUGACUGUUGCUUGAGGGGACACUAUAAAUAACACAAAACUCUGUGAGAAUGGAAAGUACAUUAUUUAACUCCCUGUUAAAAGGAAAAACCAUCCUUACCACUUUGAAUCACUAAAAGUUUUGUUGUGGGAUAUGAUGUUGCUGAUUGUCAUAAGUAUUUAAGAGACACUUUAUGACACAUCUAAUGAGGUUUACACUCUAGAAAAUGUGUAUCAUUGUUAUCAUUUUUAGUAUUCAUGUG